UUCUCUAUAUCUUUGUUCUGUGUUUGUGAAAAAGUGUUGAUUGCAAAAAAACAACUACGAAUAAGAUGUUUUCAAGAUUUUUUGACUAUUUAAACAAAAAAGGAAAUCAUAAUGAUGAUGACGAAGAUGAUGAUGAUGAUAAUAAAGAUGAUGAUGAUAAGAAAAAAGAUUCAAGUUCAGAACAAAAUUUAUCCGAUUCAAGCGAAACAGCAAAACAUCGAAAAAAAGAAGAAAAAUCAAAUUAUCUAACAAAAUAUGCCUAUCUAGAUAAUGCUAAACAUAUUGAUUUGAAUGGAUUGAUUUCAAUGUCAGACGAUUUACGUUCAAAUGUUGAAAUAUUAAGAAAUUCUUAUCUAUCAAUUAUUAAAUCAUUGGUUAUAUUAAAUGAACGUCGUAGACAACGUAUACGACGACGAAAUAGACAAUAUUCAUUGGAAAAUGAAAAAUCACUUUAUCAACAAUGUUCAAUGAAACGUGAAUAUUCAGGUAGAAAAUUCAAUUCAUCUGAUUCAUUGGAAAUGUUGAAGAAAAAAAAUUAUACAACGGAUUCAAAAACCAAUUCAAUUGCCGCCGCCGCUGAUGAUAAUACAAAUGAUAGUUGGAUUUAUGAUAAAAAUUUUUUAAGAGAUAAACAAAUAUCUAAAACUUCCAAUGAUAAUAAUAAUGAUGAUAAUGAAUGGGAUUUGGUAAAAUUUUGUAAUCCAGAAACACGUGAAGAAGAAUUUCAAAAUUUAUUUGAUCAGGCAGAACAAUUUCGUAAAACAAUCGAUCGUUAUCGAUUAGGACGUGAAGAAUUAAUCGAUAUGAAUCGAUUUCGUAAUCUAGUCAAACAAGGCAAAAAAUUACUUGAAAUUACUGAAAUACUUAAAAAUAAUUAUAGCAAUAAUUUUCUUAAUAUUUUUCGAUUAAGAUAAUUAUAAAUAAGCACAGUUGGUGGGUGGAUGAUUCAAAAUUGGUUGGUUGGUUGGUUAAGUUUAUCGAAAAAAAAAUAAUAAUCUUGUUAACGGAAAACAAUUGAUUUUUGUAAAAACG